AUGUCAAAGACGCAUGCUCGCUCAGACGUAUCAACCUUGAUCAAGACGCCGCAGGAGGUUUGGAGAGUUGGCAAGCAGCCAACCAUACCAGCUGAUCGCCCGCUCCCUGGUGUCCACAGUGAGACCCGGGCAAGCCAAAGAGUGCCUUCCUACAAGCGGGGCAACGCAAACGCCUCCAGAGUUGUGGCGUCGAACUUUGAACGCCUUCCUGAUACUUUCACGAUCAAGUCAACGACGGCGAUCUGGCAGAAGACUAUGAUUGACGUGCAAGGGGGACAGUCGACCAUGGUAGACUCAGUGUACAUCAAACCGACUAAGAACACCUCGCUACCUGCUCUUGGCAGUCAUGACGAAACCAGGCAAGAGAGCAUCUCGCCGGUGCGAUCCCGCAGUGCGACGGGGUACUCGGAGAUGGACUCGAGUGUGGGGAGGAGGAGGGAGUCGAAGAAUGAGGUCGAACGAGCGGAGUCGAACCUGAUCCAGCUCAAGGCCCAUCUGAACCGUCUGCAGCAAGCCGUGCAGGACAGGGAGGCAGAGCUGACGAGGCUUCUGAGCGCGAGGAGCCGUGUUGAGCGGGAUGAAGCUAAGAUCAGCGAGAGCGAGAGGGAGUUCGAGGAGUUUCGCAGGAGGGUGGAGGCGAGAGUGGCUUUGUACGAGGGCAGGUGUCAAGACCUUGCCCGGCAGCGACAGGUGCUGGAAGAGGUACUGAAACGAAUGCGUUCAGCGCACAAGGAAAAGAACCAGAGGCUGGGACAGGUGCGAGAGGACGUCCGUUUGUUGAACAUACAGAUAGAGGAGUCCAGCCAAGAGCUGCAGAACCUGCUGAGGACGAGGGAUCAGACGGUAGAGGGUCUGCAUGCGAUGAAGGCGACAAUAGAAGAGGAGAACAGCAAAUGGAUGCUGGAGAUCGCAAGGCGGCAGGAGAAAGCUGAGAGGCUGCUGGCGGAGACCAAGGCUCUGGCGGAGAAGAUGAAGAAGAACAAACUUCUGCAGGAACAAUUGCAAGCUGACAACGAAGCGAUGAAAGAGCUUGCACGAAGGAGAGCGAUCGAGAGAAGAACGUCUUACAAAGAAGAGUAUGACAAACUCCUCGAACAAAAGCGACGUCCCGAUGCGGAAGUGCCGUGGUUGGAUCCCAGGAUUGAGGAGGGUAUCAAUCGAAUCCUCGAUGCAGCUGGAGCGUCAGAUAUACAAGAUGCGAUUCAGUUCUUUCACCAGAUGAAAGAUCGACGGAAGGGGCUGGAGAUUCUUCAGGAGGACCUUGAAAGGCGCAAGAGAAAGUACAUCCAGGACUUCACAAGUACUGUAACUGUGAGCUACGAGCCCGUCCAAGACGCAUCCGUGCGAGAGUUUGAGAUGUCGAUUCAAGACAUCGAGCAACAUGCGGCGCAAGCAGAUGCGUUGAAUGAGGCCAUGAGAGAACUGAUCGGAAGCGCGUACGGCUGGUUGAAGGACCAACUGAGACGCAUCGUGAUGAUCAUGGAGGAGGAGAGUGCCAUCAGAGAGAUUCAUGCUUUGAUCAAGCGAAUGCCGAGGAUAGGAGAAGAAGAGCGUCUGAUCUUGUGGAUGGUGGAUGCCUUGCGAGCCAUACAGAAAGUCCCGCAGGCUCCCCAGCGCGAUCUUGGAUCCUCUCGCUACUCGUUCAGAGAGGCAACACAGGGAGCAAACGUUGGUGUUGUCAUUGACUUGGAUGUAGCAGGAACGACAGUAACGGCCAUCACAUCCAACCAGACUUUGGUUAUGUCCGGGCGGGAAACUGAGAAUCGAAUGUCCAUGUUGUGA